AUGAAUAUACAUAAAAUCUUGGUAUCACAGCAAGAUGCAGGAAGUAGGCUUAGCAAAUUGGUCAGCAAAUACUUUGCUGCAGUAUCGUUUGCAGCUGUAGCGAAACUUGUGCGCACUGGUCAAAUUAGAGUUAAUGGGAAACGCUCUGCACUCAAUAUGCGUCUUGAAAAGGAUGAUGAGGUUAGAAUUCCUAUGCAUGAAUCUACAGCAAUGCACAGCAUAGAUCAUGCUGACAGAAAAUUCUCUGAGCUAGAAAAAAAGAUAGUAGCAGAGUUAGUAAAAAGUCUAAUAUAUAAGGAUGAAAACAUAUUAGUAUUAAAUAAGCCUGCAGGACUUGCAGUACAAGGUGGAAGCAACAUUAAAAUAAGUAUAGAUUCGAUAUCAAGACUUCUGCAAUUUGACGCUGACGAAAAACCUAGAUUGGUACACAGACUAGACAAAGAAACUAGUGAAAUAUUAUUAUUAGCUAGAAGUAAACUAGCUGCUCAAACAUUAUCACUAGCGCUCAAAGAGCAAAUUAUACAAAAAAAGUAUAUUGUUAUUCUUGAUGGAGUCCCGGAAAUAACUGAGGAUGUGAUUGAUAUUCCUAUUAAUAAAUCUGCUUUUAAAUGCGGGCAAUUUGAAAAAGUUCAUGAAAAUUCUAAGGGAAAAAAUGCUGUCACACAAUAUAAGGGGAUGUAUAUGAAUACACUCUUCCAAGCGCCUAAAUCUUCUACCAUUUCUCUGCCAUAA